CGCUGCCAGAUCACGAGAAUAGUGACUGUGAUUGAGCUCUAUUUUACUCCGGAAAAUAAUUGCGAAGGACGUCGAAUCUACGCUUCCUUGCUGUAUUGUCAUCAUCCACUGCCAUGGAUGUCCCACAGGAAAGAGUCGAUAAAAUCCAGCGCUUCGCAGAGAAAAGCCAACAAACAGAAAAGAGCCAUGCCACACAACCGCUGAGCCCAGCCAAUAUCCAGGCCUAUAACAAGAGACUGGAUGAAACCCUGCGAGAGCUACAAGAACAAGUCAAGCGUCAAGAAGAUGAGUUGCGCAAGCUACGCGAGAUCAACUCCAUCAAUCUCUCCAGGAUCGGUACCAGCACCUGGGCCCGAGUGUCUCAGGUGCGCCGGGCCAAAAAGGCGUAUGACUCUCUCCUCAAAUCGGAGACGGAGUUUCCACCGCUCGGUUCUCCGUUGCCGUCGUUACUGGCCGUUGAGGAGACAUCCCGUCUGGUGAAGGAGACUAAGAUCGCCGCCUCGGAAACGGGCAAGAAUCUCUCUAACACGCGCCAGCGGUCGAAGACAGAGGAGGCGAACCUGCGCGAUGCGCAAGCCAUUCAAGAUGGUCUGCAGCGACGGAUUCGAACUGUGGCGAGUCUAAAUGCCACGAAGGAAAAGAAGGCAAGCUCUCAACUAGCGCGGGAGCUCGUGGAGCAGAAGCAACGGGAAAACGACGAGUAUGACAAGGCAACAGAAGAUACGAAGACCAAACUCUACGAAUUUAUUGAUCGGUCUCUUGCAUCGAUGCUUGCAGCAGAAUCCCUCGGCGGACCGACUGUAGGCGAUGUACCAGAUGUCUCAGACGCUACCUUGGAACUGGGCUAUACCAGCCAUGGCAAGCCGAAGAAGCCGAAAGUACAGGCCGAAACAACUGAGUCAGGUACCAGCCAACGACGCAUCGAUGAGAUUCUACCUCGACAGAACGAGCAAGGAAGGACCUCCAACCGAAGGGAAGUGGCGGCAGUCGAGAUGCGCAAUCUCCUUGACGAGUUGUUGGAAGCAAGCCCCUCGUAUGUGAACGUUCGAGAAUCCGCAGCUUCCAGGUUUCUAGUACGAGUCAAAGUGGCACAGUUCCACCCGCGCGAUGCGAGAAGGUUAAGAUUAAUUGAUUUUGGGCGCACGCUAUAAUAUCAUCUAGCUGUCCAUUCCCCGCCGCGUCGGCACUAUCAUGCGGGCUCUAUAUAGCGCUAUAACAUAGAAGCGCCAUGUGCGCCUAUCACACUAUCCUUAUGAGACACCCGAAUGUAACGCCUAUAC